AUGGAUCUGAUCGAGAAAGAGAAGGCUCGAAAGACAACAUUUCAGAAGAGAAAGAACGGAUUAAUGAAGAAAGUUUACGAGUUUUCGACUCUUUGUUCAGUUGACGUUGGUGUGAUUAUCUUUGCCUCAAAGUUUCUCGAUGAACCUGAAACAUGGCCACAAGACCCAAGAGAGUUGAAACGUGUGAUUCAGAAAUAUCUGAACACCACCAGUGAUAGGCGUCCAAAGGUGUAUGAUGUGGAAGAGUAUUUCAGUGAAAGGAUGAAAAGGAUUGAAGGUGAGAUUUCCAAAGUGCACAAAGGGAACAUCCAACUCAAGUACCCAACCUGGGAUGAAUCUUACAAUGUUCUUGAAGAGGAACAAUUGAGGAUGUUUGUUGGCAUUCUGGAUGCUAAGCUUGAUGCUUGUAAUCAAAGGAUGAACAUGUUCAAGCGUGAUUCGAAGGGAAAAGCAAUAGCAGAAUCAGACUAUGAUGGUAGUCACCUCAGUUUUAUGCAGAACAUGUCUCAAACACAGAACAUGUCUCAAACACAGGUUUUUCCUACUAAUGAUAACAGUCAAGUAACAUCAUAUUCAUGUCAUCAGAGUCAAAGUUCUCUACCUACUUUGUUUCAACUAGGUCAAAACUGUACCCAAUUGAUUGAAAAAAGUACAGUAGUGGAUUGGAGUAAUCAAGUUGGUGCAAGUGAUCACAGAAUGAGUACACAAGAAGAUGGAUUAGACAAAAACCAAAACUCCUUACCAUGUUUUUACAAUGCAAAUAUUCAAACAAUGCAUCCAUAUAAUAAUGUUGCUUUGCAAACUCUCCCUUCUCAAUUGCAGUACGAUGCAACAUUUCAGACCCUGUCAAAUCGACCAGGUCCAUCACAGGGAUUUACGCCUAAUGGCUAUGAUCAUUCUACUAUACUUCAACCUCAUUUUUUAGACCAUAUACACAGAAGAAAGUAG